CCUCAUUCUCUUUCCCGCCACUUCCCGUCAUCUUUCUUUGUUUCCACUUCACUCGGAUCACUGAAAGUAACCAUUUUUUUAAAGAUGUUGUGGGUUGACAAAUACCGACCCAAAACCCUUGACCGAGUUAUGGUUCAUGAGGAGAUUGCCGCGAAUCUCAAGAAACUGGUUGCAGAGCAGGAUUGCCCUCAUUUACUCUUCUAUGGACAAUCUGGGUCUGGCAAGAAAACCCUAAUUAUGGCUCUUCUCAGACAGAUCUUCGGUCCUUCUGCUGAAAAGGUGAAAGUGGAGAAUAGGAACUGGAAAAUUGAUGCUGGAAGUAGAACCAUCGAUCUGGAGUUGACCACAUUGUCAAGUGCCAACCACGUGGAGUUGAGUCCUAGUGAUGCAGGCUUUCAGGACAGAUAUAUAGUUCAAGAGAUAAUUAAGGAAAUGGCUAAAAAUAGACCGAUUGACACAAAAGGGAAAAGAGGAUAUAAAGUGCUGAUUCUCAAUGAAGUUGACAAGCUUUCAAGAGAAGCCCAGCAUUCACUUCGAAGAACAAUGGAGAAAUACAGUGCUUCUUGCCGUCUAAUUUUGUGCUGUAAUAGUUCUUCAAAAGUCGCUGAGGCAAUUCGGUCUCGAUGUCUGAAUAUUCGAGUAAAUGCACCUUCCAAAGAACAGAUCAUUAAGGUGUUAGAGUUCAUUGGAAAGAAAGAAGGAUUGCAACUUCCAUCUGGUUUUGCAGCCCGCAUUGCCAAAAAGUCAAAAAGGAGUUUAAGGAGAGCUAUAUUGUCGUUUGAGACUUGCCGGGUUCAACAGUACCCUUUCACAAGCAACCAAGCAAUUCCGCCAAUGGAUUGGGAAGAAUAUAUAUCUGAAAUAGCAACUGAUAUAAUGAAGGAACAAAGCCCUAAAAGGUUGUUUCAAGUUCGAGGAAAGGUGUAUGAAUUGCUUAUUAAUUGUAUUCCUCCUGAGAUGAUCCUGAAGAGGCUCCUUCAUGAGUUAUUGAAGAAAUUGGAUGCAGAGCUAAAACAUGAGGUGUGCCAUUGGGCCGCAUAUUAUGAGCAUAGGAUGCGUCUUGGACAGAAAGCCAUCUUUCAUAUUGAAGCAUUUGUUGCCAAGUUCAUGAGCAUUUACAAAGCCUUCUUGAUUGCAACAUUUGGCUGAAGAACGAACAAGCAAGUGUCUUUUUGAUCUUUUAUCGGUAGCAAGAAUGCGCUGUUUUCCAGAUUCCGAUUAUAAGUUUCCAGCACGCUUUGUGUAGUCGGCUUGUCAUUUUGUUUUUGAAUUAUGCAUGGUCUGUUAGGGGGUGAUUAUAUCAUGGAAUUCAAGAUUCCUGGUGGGAAUUUUUUUUUUCUAGAUUCAAAUUCCCAUGUUUGGAUGGGAAAUAUUCCCAAUAGGGAGUAAUAAUAUAUUCCAAACAGUAAAAAAAAUUCUGUUUACCGGGAAUGUUAAUCCCUUUCUUUUCUUAUGUAUUCUUUUAUUCCCUAUUCUAAGGGCUAAAAUACCCUCUUUUCCCGUGUGCCUCUACUUCUUCUCCCAAGCGUUCUUUGUUCUUGAACUCCACGGCACAGAUUGAACUCCACGAUCUGAUCUUAUUUUUGCACCGACACGCGAAGUUUCUAGUCCUUCAAGUCAAAGCCUUUUUCGUUUCCUUCGUUGAAGUUUCCCGGAAACUCAACUGUUCCUGGAAUUCCCUAAGAAAGUAAAGUGUCCUCUGUUUUUUAGUUUGGGAUCAUUCGGAUUCUGGGUAAGUCUCCAUCAAGGCUCUCUCAAUUUGAUUUUCAAGUGUUGAAAAUGGGUUUGCUUCGAAAUGCAAGUUGUUACACUGUUUCAGAUUAUAUUUGCACUUUUUUUUAUAGAAUAUAUUUGCACUUUUGAUCCUGCAUUUUACUUCUCAUAGCAUGCAUUCUGAGCUUGUUUUUGUGUGAUUUCUGACCUUAAGUAGAUAGAAAAGAGUUGGAUUUAUCAUCUUGGUCAAAUCUCUUAAAUUAGCAUUGGGUCUUUAAUACAGUGAUUUUUGCUUGUUUGAUCAAAUUGUGGUACUAAUUUAGUCUUUGACGCUUGCUAAACCUUGCUUAUGUUCUUAUGGUGCAUAAAGAGUUGAAGGAGGUAUAAUGAUGCUCACUGAGAUCAAAUUUUUGUAACCUGGUAAACACUCGGAAUGAUGAGAUAUUUAGACUAAAAUACGAGUGCUUCACUAUGCAAUACCCUUGCAUCUUAUUUGUGCCGUUGACUAUUGAGACAAAGUCUCGGAAACUAACUCGAUUCGGAACUCCAAUUCUUAAUUCUCUCCCUUGCUUGGAAAAACCCAACCCCGAGGCCUUGUUGUUCCUCCUCCAGGCCAAACCACACGAUCUAAAUGUUGGUUUGAACUAGAACGGCUAGGCUUUUUCCCGUAAAAUGUCUCAGGUGGCACGACGGAAAGGCCGGAGUAGUUAGACCAGAAUCCAAUCUGUCGAUACCCGGUUUUAACUACA